GGCUGGGGGGGCCUCGCCCCGGGGCCAGGCUUGCUGUUCUUCUUGGCUCCCUGCUGCAGGGCCCCAUGGGAGUCGCUGCUCUGCUGGCUGGGGGGCCGGAGCCAUGUGCUUGGGCUAACAUGCUCUCUGCUUCCCCAGGUGGAUUUUCCCUUUCCCGAGUUUGUCCUGACUGUUGGCUUCCUGCUGGUUCUCGUAAUCGAGCACGUGGUCCUGGACUGCAGCGAGCGGCAGGCGGGGGAGGCCACCCCUCUCCUCUCCUGUGCAGGGGGGCCCCCCCAGCCAGCAGACCCUGCAGAGUGUGGGGUGGAGACGGGGGCUCACCACUUCCCUGUGGCCUUCCAGGCCCACUCGUCCUUCCGCUCCUUUGUCCUGUUCCUGUCUCUGUCCGUGCACGCGCUGUUCGAGGGCCUGGCCGUGGGGCUGCAGGAUGCGGAGUCCAAGGUGCUGCAGAUCUGCAUGGCCAUCCUGGUGCACAAGAGCGUGAUUGCUGGCAGCCUGUCGCUCCUGCUCCUCCAGAGCCGAGUCUCCGCCUGCUGCUUUGUGGCUCUGAUUGGCACCUUUGCCCUCAUGUCUCCCCUAGGCAUGGCCGUGGGGAUUGUGAUGACCCAGAACCCAGGCCCCAGCAGCACCAUGGCCCAGUGCCUGCUGGAAGGGAUGGCGGCAGGGACCUUUGUCUAUAUCACCUUCCUUGAGAUCCUGCCUCAUGAGCUGAACUCCCCGACCUGCCGCCUGCCCAGAGUGCUUGCCAUGCUGCUGGGCUUCUCAGCCAUGGCUGCCUUGCGCUUCCUGGGCUGAGCCGCUGGGCUGGCCGGGGCGGCUGCUGGCAGCUGCAGGCUCUGCCCUGCUGUUGGCCUCUCCUGGACGGGAGGGUCUCGGCGGGCGCUGGCAUUGCUGUCUCGUUCAGGAGCGUCCUGGCCCAGCAGGCCGGUGAUGGUGGCGAUGGCUGAUCACGCUGGACCAGAUGCAGCAGAGACGGGGGUUUCCUGAGCCAUUUUACCCUUUUAAACGGCCGUGGAACGGAUUUUAUGAGUGGGAAUUGUAUGGCUUGGAAUUAAAGGCUCUGCUCUUCCCAGGAAA